AUGGUCCUGCGGUGCCGUGGCUGGCGCAUAGGCCCUAUCGGUGCCGCUCGCCAAUGCACACGGCCUCACUCGACGCGGGCAGUCCGUACCGCCGUCCUGCAAGCUGAGCAUCGCGCUCCACCGAUCCUCGACUCGGGCGCCAUCGCCUCGCGCACGUCUAUCCGCACACUCGCCUCGAGCUCCCGCACAUCGUCGCGGCCAAACGAUACGAUCUACGCGCUGGCGACUGGAGCUGGCCGUGCCGGCGUAGCCAUCAUCCGAAUCUCGGGUGCAGCGGUCGCGCACAUCUACCACUCGCUGUGUCUCACCUCGCGUCUGCAGCCGUACGUGCGGCUUCCGCCGGCGCACAAGCUGGUGGUGCGCAACGUGCACCAUCCGCACACGCGCGAGCUGCUCGAUGCGGGCGCGGGCGCGAUCCUGUUCCCUGCCGGCGCGAGCUAUACCGGCGAGACCUCGCUCGAGCUUCACAUCCACGGCGGCGUCGCCACGGUGAGCGAUGUGCUGGAUGCGCUUGGCUCGAUCCGCACCGAGGCGAGGGUGAGGCCGGCCGAGGCGGGCGAGUUUACGCGGCGGGCAUUUGAGCAUGGGAGGCUGGAUCUGGCGCGUGCAGAGGCGCUGCAUGCGCUCGUGCAGGCGGAAACGUCGAUGCAGCGCAGAGUGGCCGUGCAGGGCACAGCGGGGUUCCAGGCCAAGAGGUACGAGGCCAUGCGUGCGCAGCUGCUCCAGGCCAUGGCCAUGACAGAGGCGCUCAUCGAUUUCAGCGACGAAGACGGCGUGGAAGACGGCACGUGGAUGGCGGCCGUAGGCUCCGUCGAGCAGAUGGCGCAACUGCUACGCGGUGAACUCGGCGUGGACAGCGCGCAGGCUUGGCGCGGGGCGACGGGGACGCGUCAUGUCGGCGAGAUCGUAAGCGACGGUGUGCGGCUGGCGAUCUAUGGUCCGCCGAACGCGGGCAAGAGCUCGCUGCUCAACCGGCUGGCCGACCGCGACGCAGCGAUCGUGAGCGACGUCCCCGGCACCACGCGCGACGUGCUCCAGGUGCACCUCGACCUCGGCGGGUACAAGGUGAUCGUCUACGAUACGGCCGGUCUGCGCACGCGCGCGUGCGACGAGAUUGAGCGCAUCGGCAUAGCGCGUGCGCGCGACGCUGUCCAAUCCGCCGACCUCUCGCUCCUCGUCAUCCCUGCCGACUCCACCUCCAACCCACCCCUCCUCCGCCCGCACUCGUAUACCGCGCACGAUGCCGAUCUCGUCUUUAUCAACAAGACCGACCUCCAUCCCGAGUGCGCUCGAGUCUCCGGCGCAACAACGUGGAAGGGCAGCGUCAAGACCGGCGCGGGUCUCGCCGAGCUCAUGGCCGGCCUGGCGCAGCUGAUCCAGACCAAGUAUGCAGUGAGCACCACCGAGGCGCCGCUCAUCACCCACACCCGCCACCGCUUCCUCCUGCUCGAGUGCCUCGACCACAUCAACCGCUUCCUCGACCUGGCAAGAGCGCGCGAUCCGGACCUCGUGCUUGCGGCCGAAGAGCUGCGCUACGCCGCCAAGAGCCUCGGCAAGAUCACGGGCAACCAUCUGAGCGCCGACGAGAUCCUCGGCUCCAUCUUCUCCACCUUCUGCAUCGGCAAGUAG